GCGCGACAUGACGUCAGGAACGGAGACCCCGCCCCGGUUUUAACAAACUUUAUUAUUCGGCGCACGGUGUAAACAAAAGCUUGUGCUGAGCGGGGUGGCGUGAGGAGGCGAUUCCAGCAAUGUUUUACCAUAUCUCCCUGGAACAUGAGAUUCUUCUGCACCCCAGGUAUUUUGGGCCAAACCUUCUCAACACGGUCAAGCAGAAGUUGUUCACUGAGGUAGAGGGGACGUGCACUGGCAAGUAUGGUUUUGUAAUUGCUGUCACUACAAUUGACAACAUUGGCGCAGGAGUGAUCCAACCUGGCAGAGGGUUCGUUCUUUAUCCUGUCAAGUACAAGGCCAUUGUUUUCCGGCCUUUCAAGGGAGAGGUAGUGGAUGCUGUAGUUACUCAAGUCAACAAGGUCGGCUUAUUUACAGAAAUUGGACCCAUGUCCUGCUUCAUUUCAAGACAUUCAAUUCCAUCUGAAAUGGAGUUCGAUCCCAAUUCUAAUCCACCUUGUUAUAAGACUGUAGAUGAGGAUGUCGUCAUACAACAAGAUGAUGAAAUUCGCCUAAAGAUUGUGGGAACCAGAGUGGAUAAGAAUGAUAUUUUUGCAAUUGGUUCUCUGAUGGACGAUUACUUAGGUCUGGUGAGCUGAUGUGGUCCACUUGCUGUCAGACGAAGCUCAGUUUUUUGUAAAAUGUGUGUUUAUUAUGUUUUGCCCUAUAUGACAGUCGCCACUCUGUAGCAAAGUUUGGUGUAUUACGUCACGUAAGGCUCAAUUCACAAACCUGUAAUGAUAUUUAUUUGCCAUGAUUCUUUAAUUUUAGCAAUAAGAUUUGAAAGUAAGAAUAGUUAUUUCAAACUCGUACAAUAUAACUUGGUGAACUGACAUGAUGAUGAUAAUAAUUGAAACCGUGAGCUCUGUUUUCAAAGAGUUAUUUUAUUAAAAAAAACUUCAUGAAGUC